UCCCCCUAUCCUACCUUAUCCACACCCCCCCCCCUUUCUCCUCUCCCAAGAAGUAAAGGACUGAAAGACAAAAGAGAGCUAUGGACAGGCACACCGCCGAGAGGGAAGAGACAGGAAAAGUAGACACUCCUGUGCAGCUUGAGAAUUACUGAGAGAGGUACAAAGCCAGGGGAUUGCAGCAUCAUGGUUUUGUCCUGGAAAAAUAACAGCAGCUGCUAGAGUACACAAAUGGGAAAAUGAUGAAUGAUCUGGACUAACUCUGAGGAGCUAUCUUUCAGCUUGUGUUAUUCAGCAUUUCUUGACAGCUUCUAAGGGACAGGUCAGUGCACUGAGGUUCUUCCAAUCUGGAUAGUCUAUCCCAGCCCUUCCUCAUCCCCAUUUUCAAGUUUGGCUUCACAACAAUUUGAAGAAAAGCAAAAGACUCAUACGAGCUUUAAAGUAGCCAGGCCAUGAGGGUGUGAGAUGAUCUGGGAUGCUGCUGAAAUAAGGAAAGAUGAACACAGAUGAUGUUGGGAACGAGACCUCUCCAACACCUAGAAUACUUGGAUUUCUUGUAAACACCACACAGUUGGUCCCACUAAGUCCUGUGCCCACAGGGGAGAAGCCAGAUCCUUUGCAUAUUAUCAUCGCACUUAUCUGCAUCUUCCUCCUCCUGGCUACCUGUCUCAUCUUUGUCACUCUCUGCAAACCAGCAGCACUUGACCAGGCCCGCUAUGGGCCACAUGAGUGCAUGCCCUACCACCCAGAGGAUGCCAGUGAACCACAGUUAAGGUUUUGGAAGCGGCUGGGCUCCCUAAGGCGUUCCAUAACCAGCUUCAGGCGGACCCAGCCAGUCUCCCAGCACCAUUGGACCUGCUCAAGGACGCCACCAGCCCCCCAGGACUCAGACUUCAUGGAGUCCACUAAAAUGUGACAGCUGUUUCCCCACUCUUCAGCUGCAAAAACCAAUUCACCUCAUUGCACAGCAUCCCCAUUCACGGCUAUCAAUGAGAUCUCAAAUUGCCCAAUGCCACUCUGUGGAACACAGGAUCAGGAUGAAGAGCUGGGGAGAGUAGAGAAGCAGUGAUUCCUGUGACUAUGGAAAUAUCUAAAGGAUUCCCACAGCCCACAAGUUUGGAGCAUGAAGUUUGUAAAGACCAGCUGAUAGAACCAGAUUAUACCAAUGUGGUAUUGUUUCUUGGGACCCUGCAAUCAGGAACUAACAAGUGCCAUAAGGGAAAGCAUCUGACAGAAGGCAUCACAAAUUGUAAAGCCCCUUGGAAAGUGUCUCCCUGGAAUUUAAGUGUCUAUUUCUCCAAUUUUGUGUAAUUUUAAGUUUUUCCACUAUCUCCUUUAGUAUAAAGGCCAAGGAUACUUUAACACUGAUGUUAAAAUAUCUGCCAUCUCUUCACAAACAGAAGCAUUAAGGUAUUGCUACAUACAUACCAUAACACCUCUGCAGCUGCAAUACUAUAGGGCAUCAGUGAAGACACUACCUACUACAACAGGAGGGUUCUCCCAUUGGCAUAGGUACUAUGUCCCUCAGAGUGGCAGUAGCUAGGUUGAUGGGAGAAUUCUCCCAUUGGUCCAAUAGUGCCUAGGGCCAGGCGUUAGGUUGGUUUAAGUUUGUUAUUUGCGGGCAACAUAGUUACACUGCCCUAAUUUCCUUGUGUAGACUAGACCUUAGUCAUUACAACUCUUAAUUAAUUAAUUCUCAAAGAUUUUGGCAAAGUCACACAAAAACCCUCAACCCAGCUGUUUUAUGUAUGAAGUAGUACAAGGUCCUGAUUAGCCAGGGGUGGAACAGAGGCUAAGUGGUGGGUUCGGUUCACUCUGUAUGCACUGAGCCAGUAAGGUGGAGGGAAGCAGACCCAAUGUAAUGCAUUGUAUUCAAUCUGCAAGUAGGUGGUAGGAGGAAGUGCACUACAGGUGUUGCGUUCAGACCAGAUCUCCCUUCAAACACUGAGCACUGACCAAUUCAAAAGUGGCACAUGGGCUGCCACCAUUUUAAAGUUUGUUCCCUGGGAGAAAUGGGUCAUGACCUGAUGCUCAGCCACAGUGUGACCUCUUCCCCCAUCAAUGUCACCCCACAGUGCUGAGAUAUAUCACUGCCACCGUGGGCAACAACAUAACAUGCUGUUUUGUGUGAGUCUGGAUGUUUUCUUGGAAACAAUGUCCUAUAAACCUCACCCACAACACAGGUGCCAUUUUAAAACAAGGUGUGACGUUGUGGGGAUUUUGUCUACUCUUGUAGUCCUGUGUUCACUCCAGUUUUGCAUUCACUGUUUGCUUUGUUGUGCUUUAUGUGAUUCCUACUAUCCUAUGCUGAUCUGCAGUGACUGUGUGUGUGCCUGUGUGUGCAGGGCCCAGUUAGGGAUGGGAUCUCUGGGGGAGAACUCCUGAGGGGAGGCACGUUGGGAAUGGCCCAGGCCUGGCCUGACACCUGAACUAGGUAGAGGAUUCAGUCAAGUGAUACUUUGCCCAGGAAUCUGAACAAAGCAGGAGGCAGGGAAGCCUGUAGGGCUGUGAGCAGUUGCUGGGUGUGAGAGUUAGUUUUCAGCUAGCUGGGGGAGAAGAGAGCCAACUGGCUUGGGGGCCAGGGCAGGGGCCCUGGCUCUGGGCCCCCCUAUUCCCAGGAUGGAUUGUGCUGACUUCUCCUAGUUCCUGUAACAAUGAGUCCAUGCCAGGCUGUGUCCCUGUCAACGAAUAAACCUUCUGUUCUAUUUUCUGGCUGAGAGUCACAUCUGGUUGCGGACGGGGGUGCAGGGCCUGGUGACUCUCCCACACUCGGUGACAAAAGGACUUAUUGCACCCCAAAGCACACUGCUGGGCUCCAAACAGUGCUGUUCAAUCUCCCUUUGUGAUGAAGGGCAUUGUAAGGGAGAAGACAAAGAAGGGAAAAAAACUAGAGGGAAUACUGGAUCCCUCUCUAGGGCACAGAAAUUAGGGAGCUCUGUUAAAAAUACCCCCACCUGUCCAAAUACACCAAAUUAAAAUAUUUUGAGGACUCACUGAUUUUCACCAUCUGCAUUAAGCACUAGCCUUUAAUAUUAGUAAGGAAAGCUAAAUAAGUGCUAUUCUAAGCACUUCUGUUGGAGGUCUUGAGAAUUUCUAAUACUACAGUCCCUGUGAUCUUUUAUCUUUUAACCACUAAUGAUUCCCCUUUCUAGAAUGGGGUGGAAAAUGGAGCUUAGGUCCAGGUGGAAGAGGAAUUGAAAUUGUGGUACUUCAGUUUUACUAU